UACAAAAUGAGAAUCUAUGAAAGAGGAGACUUCCAAGGGCAGAUGAUGGAGUUCUUUGAUGACUGCCCCAAUACUUAUGAUCGAUUCCGUUUCCAUGACAUUCACUCCUGCAAUGUGUUUGAUGGCCACUGGAUGUUCUAUGAGGAACCCAACUAUAGGGGACGUCAGUACUACCUGAGAUCUGGAGAAUACAGGAGAUAUAAUGACUGGGGAGCCUCAAGCGCCAGAAUUGGCUCAUUCAGAAGAGUUCAUCACAAAUUUUAAAUCCAGUCUAAAAUCUACCAAUACAGUUAUAUUGAUAAUUCAAUAAAACAGAUGUUUAAAAUUACUUCUCUGUGUAGUACUUAUUCAUAUCUGUAGUACAGCUUUAGGUCAAAUCCUAUAUUUAUGGCUUAAUGAACAACUCUGUGUUUAUUUGUAUGGCAUUGUCCAGUUACAAGAUUUGCAAACAUACCUGUUUGGGGUA